AUGGUUUCUUCAAAUGGACAGGUCCCACCUGUUUCUGUGUGUAACCCAAACUGCCUUCCUGGUUCUAGCAAAAAGAAGAAGGAAGGGGCAAAAUUCUGCUGCUAUGAUUGUUCUCCAUGUCCUCCGGGCAAAGUUUCCACUGAGAAGGACAUGGAUAUAUGUACCAUGUGUCCAGAAGAUCACUAUCCAAACAAGAAUAAAUCUCAUUGUAUUCCAAAGACAAUCAACUAUCUCUCCUUGAAAGAACCUCUGGGAAUAAGCUUAGCUUUUUUUGCUGUUUUAUUUUCUCUGCUCACAGUCCAGGUCCUGGUCGUCUUCAUUAAGCAUCAGGACACACCAAUUGUCCGUGCCAACAACCGGGAUCUCACCUAUGCUCUCCUCUUCUCCCUCCUACUCUGCUUUCUCUGCUCCUUCCUUUUCCUCAGCCCACCCAGAAAAGUGACCUGUCUUCUUCGACAAGUGGGUUUUGGAUCUAUUUUCACCAUAACUGUUUCUUGCAUCUUGGCCAAAACUAUCACUGUGAUUCUUGCUUUCAUGGCCACCAAACCAGGAUCUAGAAUGAGGAAAUGGAUGGGGAAGAGACUGGCCAUUUCCAUUGUGUGUUAUUGUUCUCUUUUCCAAAUAGGCCUUUGUGUCUUAUGGUUGGGAAUCUCCCCUCCCUCCCCAAAUCUAGACAUGCAUUCAAUUUUUGGAGAAAUAAUACUUGAAUGUAAUGAAGGAUCAGCCACCAUGUUUUAUUGUGUGUUAGGUUACAUGGGCUUUCUAGCUACAAUCAGCUUUGUUGUAGCCUUUUUAGCUAGGAAACUACCUGACAGUUUUAAUGAGGCCAAAUUCAUCACCUUCAGCAUGUUGGUGUUCUGUAGUGUUUGGGUAUCAUUUGUUCCAGUCUAUUUAAGCACAAAAGGAAAAUACACAGUCGCUGUGGAGAUCUUCUCCAUCUUGGCCUCCAGUGCUGGUCUACUCAGCUCCAUCUUUGGCUCCAAAUGUUACAUUAUAUUAUUGAGACCCAAUCUGAACAAUAAGGAGCAACUAAUAAAGCGGAAGUGUUGA